UAUUAGAUCUGCUAUCUGAGCGGAACGGAACAGCCACGUCGACUAGCGUAGCCAGUUGGUGCCUGUGUGUAAAAGUAAGGCGGUAGCUAGCAUGGAGAGCCCUUCUAAGGUGACGAAUCCGGACAAUCGAAAGGUGGCACUGAUAACGGGAAUAACGGGUCAAGAUGGUUCCUAUCUCGCCGAGUUUCUACUCGACAAAGGAUACGAGGUGCACGGUAUUAUCAGACGGGCGAGUACUUUCAACACAUCUCGCAUAGAACACCUGUACGCGGAUCCGAAAACGCACCGAGAGGGAAAAAUGAAGCUACACUACGGUGAUAUGACGGACAGUAGCGCUCUGGUCAAGAUUAUCGCCCAGGUGCGCCCAUCGGAAGUAUAUAAUCUGGCCGCGCAAAGUCACGUGAAAAUAUCAUUCGAUCUCAGCGAAUACACAGCAGAGGUGGACGCUGUCGGCACUCUGCGACUGCUAGACGCAAUUCGUACGGUGGGACAGGAGAAGACGGUUCGCUUCUAUCAAGCGUCCACUUCGGAGCUGUACGGCAAGGUGGUGGAAACACCACAGAACGAGAAAACUCCGUUCUAUCCGCGCUCACCGUACGCCUGUGCGAAGAUGUACGGUUACUGGAUUGUGAUUAACUACCGCGAGGCGUACGAUAUGUUCGCCUGCAACGGAAUCCUCUUCAACCACGAAUCACCGCGACGAGGGGAAAAUUUUGUAACACGCAAAAUUACGCGGUCAGUUGCAAAAAUAUCGCUCGGGCAACAGGAGUACCUGGAGCUGGGCAAUCUCGAUUCGAAGCGCGACUGGGGCCACGCGAAGGACUACGUUGAAGCUAUGUGGCUAAUGAUGCAGCAGGAAAGGCCGGAAGAUUUCGUUAUCGCCACCGGCGAGACCCAUUCGGUGCGGGAGUUUGUAGAGAAAUCGUUCCAGCACAUUGGCCGCGAGAUCGAGUGGCGAGGGGUUGGCGUUGAAGAGGUCGGCGUAGAAAAAGGCACGGAAACGGUACGAGUGCGCAUCAAUCCUAAGUUUUUCCGCCCAACGGAAGUAGACCUGUUGCUGGGUGAUGCCAGCAAAGCGAAGCAACAGCUGGGCUGGGUCCCAAAAGUUACAUUCCUAGAACUGAUCGCCGACAUGAUGGAGGCCGAUAUUAAGUUGAUGAAAAACAAUCCUUCGGCUUAAAAGCUUUCGUUUCUCUGUACGCUCCGUAAAUGUGACUUCGUACGGCCAGUAUUUGUUUAACGUUAUUGCAUUUUUUCCAGUGUACAUCAAUACUAACCAUCGUUUUAAAGCAAACAUAGAAGCAACAUCUUUCAGUCGUACUUCCUAUGACGAUGCGAAUAUGUCGUUGUCGUUAAUUGUGUAAUUCGAUCUUCGAUCGUUUUUGGUUCAAACUAUAGAUCGGUUAUAACAGUUUUUAAUAAAAUGCGUUGCCAAUGGGAAGAAAGAGUGUGUCAAGAAAAAACGAAAUUCAACAUUAAUAUUUUAUUGGUAGCGCUAUGUUGUGUGCCAGCGAAGGCGUCUCGAUGCAAGACCAUUCCACAAGCAAUUGGGCUUGUUUUUUCACUUUUUGUAAUAAGUAACGAUUCACUUUCUA